AUGUCCAAAACCACCACGAUCGAACUCACUCCUCCAGCUUCGGCCCUGCUUACGCCGCAGCCACCAAUAGCCCAGGAUGAUGAUGGCAUUCUGUCUGAGAGGAUUCCUGAAACCUCGCCGCAGCAGCCUGUUCUGCGGAAGGGCUCAACAGCGGUGAUUUUUGUGUCCGUGACGGGCGUUACGGGCAUCAGCAGUCUCCUGGCUGGGCUGGUAACCGUGACUCUACCAACACUGGCCAAAGACCUUCAUCUUCCAGACUCGGUUCUUCUAUGGCCUGCGUCAAUCUAUGCUCUAACCUGCGGUUGCUCACUGAUACUUUCUGGAGCUGUAGCCGAUGUGGUAGGCAAUCGUUUCAUGUAUCUGCUAGGGUGCCUACUUCAAUGCGCAUUUACCUUGUCAUGUGGACUAGCGCAGGACAGCUUGCAGCUCCUCUUCUUCCGCGCCCUGGCCGGCAUUGCAAUUGCCUUUUGUCUGCCCUCAGCCGUGAGUCUAAUCACGUCGUAUUUCCCUCACGGGCGUCGUCGCAAUUUUGCGUUUGCAAUGAUGGGUGCUGGUCAGCCUGUAGGCUUCUCCAUCGGCCUUGUCAUGGGCGGUAUCUUGGCUGAUGGCCCGGGUUGGCGUGCCGGAUUCUAUAUUGCAGCCGCCAUCAAUGCUGUCAUUUUCGCAUUGGCUGUCACCGGUCUGCCAAAGUCGGCACAGCCAACACAGCUGUCAAUCAGAAGGCUGGCGACAGAUAUUGACUGGCCCGGGGCUUUAAUCCUCAGCACUGCGCUAGGUCUCCUCUCUUACGUGUUUGCUGUCCUGACUGGCAAUGUUUCAAGCAUAAAGUCUCCCACCAACAUAGCAUGUUUGUCGACGGCAGUGGCUCUGAUCCCGGCAUUCAUCCUGUGGGUUGGCCGACAGGAGAAGCUCAAUCGUCCAGCAAUCAUUCCAAACUCGCUGUGGCGUAACAGGAUCUUUACGAGCGUUUGCAUCGACGUCUUUUUGGCGUGGGGAGCAUUCAACGCCACCGAAACCCUACUUACCUUCUUCUUUCAGGAUGUUCAGCACCUCAGCGCGACACAGACCUCUCUCCGCUUCCUGCCAGCUCCAGUUGCUGGUGUAGUCACAAAUAUUAUCAUGGGUUUGGCGGUGCAUAAAGUUCGCGCGGACUGGGCUGUCAUCAUCACCAUGGCCAUUUCGUCCAUUUCACCCCUUCUCGUCGCGAUCAUGAAGGUCCGUGCGCCUUAUUGGGAAUAUGUUUUCCCCGCUAUAGCGUUGAACGCCAUAGGACCAGACGUUCUCUUCACUGUUUCGAACCUGGUUAUCACUGCCGCAUUUCCAGAAAAGACCCAGGCGUUGGCAGGAGGAGUCUUCAACACUGUGGCUCAGAUUGGCAAAAGCGUCGGUCUUGCUCUGUCUGCUGUUAUCGCCGGAAGUAUCACCAUGCAGUCCGACUAUCAAGAUAAACAGGCGCCAAAGGCUCUGAUGGAGGGAUAUAGAGCAGCCUUCUGGUUCUGCUUAGCUGUGACGUCGAGCACCCUUGUAGUGAGUCUCUGGGGAUUGAGGAACAUUGGAAAAAUCGGGCUUAAGCGAGAGUGA